AUGGUCCCGCAGAAUGCCUCGGAGACUGCCGUCGGGAAUUACGGGCAGAAUGCCCCAACGAACACUAUUGGGAGUGGCGUGCAGAAUGCCCCGGCGAACGUUGCCGUGAGUGGAUGGCCACUCUUUUCCCAAGGUCUUCAUGUUACCGGUCCCCAGACUUGGCUAUGCAGCGAUUAUCCCGAAGGUCAUGAGACCCAGCGGGAUGGUCGUGGGAAUUUCCCGCAUCAUUUCUCCUAUCGCCGAUCUAAGGUGCCACCUCGGUUGGUGUUCGCUUUCCCUGAGAUCUCCUCGUGCGAGCGCUUAAAGUCGUGGCGCUCAUUUUCUGGAAGUAGUGUUCGGCAACACAGUGGAUCGAGCCUCGUGAAGGCGGAGGCUUUGGCAGUGUCGGCCAGAUGGGAGAGCCAUCCUGGUGCGCUUGAAGCUCUUGCACUUACGUCCUUAGCCGCAGCAACUCCUCUACCAUACUCACCGGGAGCCCUGGCGAAGGAGGUGGAAUUGGAUAAAGACUUCUUUGAGUUACUAGCUGGUCUGGCGGGAGGCCGCCGAACGGGGGGUCAUAUCCAUCCUGUAUCCAAGUCCAUGAUUCCUUUAUUGAUGAACGGUCUUGGUUCGGCUAUAUUGGUUCGGCAGAGGGAUGAACACUUGUGGGAUGCUGUCCAUUCUCUUCCACACUCUCUCAGCCUACAAGGGCAAGACGCCGCGGCUAUACACACGGCCGGAAAGACAGAGAGGAGAGAGAUGUUUAUCACUCGCCUUCCAAAAAUCCACCCCCACUUCGUCCCCAUCUUCAUCCCACCACCCUCUCUCCUCUCCCUCCACCUCUUCUUAUUUUCCCCCAAAUCCAAACCCAAACCCAAACCCCACAUCACCUUCUCUCUCCUCUCCACCUCCAAAACCAACCCAAUCUCCCACUUCUCCUCAACCCCCUCUCUUCCCACACCCACCGACCUCCAAACCCCCUCAGAAGAAGAAACCCACAUCCAAAUCCCCAUCGAAAAGCUCUUCGUCCCUCCGGAUACCGAAGUUCCGUCCGGAAACUCGCCACUGAGCACGAGAAUACUCAAGGGUUCCAACAUCGUGCUGAGUAAGUACGCCAGAGAUGCUCAGGUUGUGCAAGCGGAGUUUGUGAAGAGCAGUGUCAGGACCGAAGACUGUCCUCCUUCCGAUGGGAUUCCCGAGUUUGCCCUCGUUGGCCGAUCCAAUGUCGGGAAAUCUUCACUUCUUAACUCGCUUGUGAGGCGGAAGAAGUUGGCCCUCACCUCAAAGAAGCCUGGGAAGACUCAAUGCAUCAACCAUUUUCGGAUAAAUGAUAGUUGGUACCUAGUCGAUUUGCCAGGAUAUGGGUAUGCAGCAGCACCACAGGAACUUCGAACUGAUUGGGCCAAGUUCACAAAAGACUAUUUUCUAAACCGGUCCACUUUGGUCUCGGUAUUUCUCCUCAUAGAUGCUAGCAUUCCUGCAAAACCAAUUGAUCUCGAAUAUGCAAGUUGGUUGGGUCAAAAUCAGAUUCCCAUGACAUUGAUCUUCACCAAGUGUGAUAAGAGGAAAAAGAAGAAGAAUGGAGGGAAAAGACCUGAAGAAAAUGUGCAGGAUUUUCAGGAGUUGAUACGGGACUGCUUUCAAACAGUGCCACCUUGGAUCAUGACCAGCAGUGUGACCAAUCAAGGUCGAGAUGAGAUCCUAUUGCACAUGGCUCAGCUACGAAACUACUGGCUCAAACAUUGAGAGAUUCAAAUCUACACCUUUAUUACUCUGACCUUAGGAGGGUUUAAAAGAAUGCCUUUGCAUGGGUAGGAAGGAACUGCAGUCAAGAUGGUGGCAUUGGUACAAGUUCCAAAUAUGUUAGAACCAGUUGAAACAGAGAUGAAGAUCAGAGAGACUGAAGCAGUUUACUCCUCGCAAAAAAGAGGGGGAUGAAGUCUGGAGCGGAAUCUGGCGAUUGAUGACAUUGGCUAUGAGCCCCUGGGUUUAUCUAAAACUUGUACUGCAAACUGCUGAAAUCUUGGAUGAUUUAACAGGCAGCAAUGCUGGACAGCAACUUGUCUUUGUAAAAUGUAGGUGUUUCCUUUUAAUAACAUUGUUCAUAGUCCCAGGAAACAUUUACGAAA